UCCACACAGCCGCCCAUACAUGGUCUACAUUCAUGACAACUACACACAUGCAGCAUGUGGUGGAUUUUUGAUAAGAGAAGAUUUUGUGAUGACGGCUGCCCACUGUAACAGUAGACAUCUCAUGGUGUAUUUGGGUGUUGAUGACACAAAUCGUUUACCUGAGGGUAUAGAGGUCUUAGCCAUUCCACAUCCAGAUUUUGCAAAUGAGAAAGGUCAUGACGACAUCAUGCUACUGAAGCUUAAAACAAGAGCAACUCUGAACAAGAAUGUGAAAACCAUUGACAUGCCAAGAACUAAGGGAGAGGCAUUCCCAAGUAACUGCAUGGCCAUGGGUUGGGGGUGGCAAGAAUACACUCACACGUCUCCAUCAAAUGUCCUGAAAGAAGUGAACUUGACUCUUACUCAAAACUGUGCCACACCUGACCUUAUACGCACUGAGGGAGGAACCGGGCCAUCACGGGGAGACUCUGGCGGGCCACUUAUUUGUGGAAAUGUCCCACAUGGCAUUGUGUCUUUCUACAAUGAGUCUACAGGCUACAAAACGAUGUAUACUAAAAUCUCUCACUUCCUUCCAUGGAUUCAUAAAAUCAUGAAUGCACCUCUUUAAAGCAACACAAACCAUGGAAGGCAAAGCUGGAUCAACUCAACAUUGUAAUAUGAAAGCAUGUCUGAUUUAAGUUCUUCAGCAUUUUUAUGUACCUAAUUGAAAUAAAAGAAAACCUUUAU